AUGUCUGCAGCUACAAGCAUAGAACUAUUUAGUACCGACAUUCCCAUCUCCGAACUACCUACUCCUACCCUCCCCAACAGUCCCGGCCCCAGUGACUUCGUCAUAUCAAACUGCUCCCCCUUUGGUUCAUGGAGCUUGCGUCCUGCGGACGUUGCACCACCCUACUGCGCCUAUAACCACAACGAAACCAUUCCCAAUCUAUCGUCAUGCUGCAAGGAAGGUGCUGAGGUCCAUGUUUAUGGGGGUUGUGUACAAUACUGCGAAGUAGCAGAAGAAGACCAGGAAGCUUGGAGAGAGUGUGUCAUUGACGUCUUCCCCGAGUCUGACGUCGAAGGCCACGGCUUUCCUUGUUACUUUGGUGAAGAUAAUGAUUUCCGUGUUCAGAGUACCAGCAGUGGGAUCACAACGCCGACAGAGAGUGCGACAGAACAGAGCACUAGCGGCGAGACUGCGACGCCGACAGAAAGUGCGGCGGAGCAGAGCGAAUCUGCGAGCCCUGAUGACGACGAAGGUGCAGCGAAUAUGCACCGCCCAUCUUUGACGAUUGUAGGUUGGAUGGUGGCUUUCCUUGCUGUAGGUGCAGGCUUCAUGGCUUAA